CGACUUUUCAUUUGGCGCAUUACGCUUCUGAUUUUAUUAUCUAUCUCGGCGGCAAUUUCUCUCAUUGGAUAUAUCAAAUUUGGAUUGGUGGAAACUAUUAGACCAGUUAGGAUAUCCAGUUGGGUUGUUUAGACCCUUUGAUAUUUUUGCUGACAAAUAUGAUGAUCUUCAAUAUAUGCAAGAUUUAAUUUAUAAAUGUGAUAUUCAUCUGUUUAGCUAUUGAUCUUUUAUUUAUAUUAGAAGUAACGCGUUUAAAAGAAAAAACAAUGUUGUGCAGUAUAAGAAAUUGCAUACCAUCUGUGGUGAGACGUAUUUCAUUAUUUCACCAAAAUAAUAAGCGUUAUGACAUAAGCAAUAACAAUGAUUUUGUGAAUAAGGUAAUGAAUGGCACAGUGCCAGUGAUAGUCAAUUUUCACGCAGAUUGGUGUGAUCCAUGCAAAAUAUUGACACCCAAGUUGAUAGAACUUAUAGAACCUAUGGACAAGUUAGAUCUGGCUAUAAUCGACGUAGAAGAAAAUCCUGAAUUAGUGCACGUCUUUGAAGUGAAAGCUGUACCUGCAGUAAUAGCGAUUUCAAAUGGCUUAGUCGUAGAUAAAUUUAUCGGCUUAGUCAAUAAUGAGAUGAUAGAGAAUUUAAUACAAAAGCUAAUACACGAAGGACCAAUAAAUACUAUAGAUAACAAAGAUACUAAGUCUUAAUCAUGAUAGCAUUGUAAAUUAUAUAAUACACAUUUCAUGCUUCCAUUUUCUAUUGUGAAUGUAUUUAUAGAGAAAAUAUGUAAUAUUUCAAGCUAUUUCGUCCGAGACUUACGGCCUUUCUUAAUCUAAUCAUUAUCAGAUAAGCUGCAUUAUAUAACUUAAAGAUUUUAGAUAUAUAUUUAUGUUUUAAAAUAGCAUAUAUAGUGAUAAUCUUCAUUAUAUAAUAUACUAACAUGAUAUAAUAACAUGAAGCUAACACACACACACAUCAUCACACACAUAUAUAUAUAUAUAUAUAUAUAUAAAUCUGUUCAGGUUGUAUUGAAAUAUUUGUAUUCUUCUAUAUAGAAACAUACUCUAACACAGAGCAUGCUCAGCAGCCUAUAUUCUUGAAUCGACCAAAAGGAUAUUAGCAAAUAGCGGUUUGUGCUUGAAAUAUUGAAAAAAAUUCAAUAGAAUCUUGUAUUAUACAAAUCAUGAUAUCUUAAAGAGUAUUAGAACUAUUGUAGAACUUGUAAACUUGUCCAAGCACUUGUGAUAUACAUCUUUUUAGACACGACUUUUUUCAAUACAUUAUUGAAAUAAUUUUAUUCAUUCACUCAAUAUUUAUAUAUGGCAUGUAAUAAAAAACACUUUACAAGUCAAUUCAAUAACAAAUUGUGUGCGAUGAUAAUAAAUUUGCAAUGUGAUUUGAAUUGCGUUAUUAUGAAGAUAAAUAUUUGACAAAUAUUUUUUAAAUAUGCUUAUUUUAUAUGUAUAUAUACACAUAUAUCUAUAUAUUUUUUCUUAAUAGAUUAAUUCCAUUAAAAGAAAAAUAUUCUCAAUAUUUCUA